AUGUCUGACUUCUCUUCGCUGACUCAUAAAUUUCGAGCGAAUGUUGAUAACCAAGUGACUGGCACCAACAAGAUCAGCAAACGGAACCGCCAACCUCUCUCGUGCGCACCUUGCAGAGUCAAGAAAUUGAAAUGUGACCGUGGUCAUCCAUGCGAAACGUGCAUCAAACGUGGUGAUCCCACGAUUUGCACUUAUGGCAAGAACGUGUCAGCAUCAACCAAUUCAUCCUCAAAGCCCGAGACAAACGGUACAAAUUCAAAGGGAAAGGCACAGGAACGGUUGCGCCACCUCGAGCAUCUGAUUAUGCAAAUGGUUGAUCAGAAUGGUCAUGGUCUCGUUCUAGGAUCGCAGCCGCCAGCUUCAACAAACGCUCCAGGUUCGGGCUCGCAAGGUGGCCUUGUCGAGUCGGAGUCCGGCUCAGAGGCACCCAAUGCCGCAGGGCGCCUUCAAUUGGCUUCGUCAGGAGCCCAGUACGUGGGCUCGACUCACUGGUCUGCGAUCUUGGAUAAUAUCCAAGAAAUCAAGGCUGCUUUGGGAACCGAAAACACACCGAACGCUGAUCUUGAGGACACAGAAGACAGUGAAACUGCCGAAGUCGUGACACUGUUUGAUUCUGGCAACGGUCUAUCUCUUGCUCAGAUAUUGUCUCAAGCACUUCCUUCAAGGUUACAAGUCGACCGGCGGCUCUCGACAUAUUUCAAAAACCACUAUCUGGUCAUUCAAUUUAUCCAUACUGGCCAGUUCCAACGUCAGUAUGAAGAGUUCUGGCGUAAUCCACUUGAAACCUCUCCACUUUGGAUCUCGAUCCUCUUCGCCAUCUGCUGCAUGUCUGCAACACUCAACCAUGUCCAAGGUUCUGAAGAUCCAACACCGGAAGAUCGACUCAGUCCUCGCAUGAGCUUUCUCCAGGCUGCAUGUCUCUGCAUAAAACUCGGCGGCUACGUGCGACCUAAAAAGUGGCUUCUCGAAGCUCUCGGCCUGUACGCCCAAUGCCAGUACAUGGCCACCAUGGAUCCUUCCAAAGAGGUUGGGGUCGUCUUCUCCAUGGUGGUUCGCCUGGCAUACCAAAGUGGCUAUCACAGAGAACCUUCAAACUUCCCACAUCUUAGUGUUUUUGAGGGUGAGAUGCGACGCCGCUGUUGGGCCAUGUGCCGCCAGUUCGAUCUAAUGGUAUCCUUCCAGCUUGGCUUGCCGAACCUCAUUACUCCUGACAGCUGGGACACCAAAGCUCCUAGCAACCUCUUAGAUGCAGACUUUGAUGAAAACUCAGCGGUUCUGCCGCCAUCACGACCAGAAACGGACCCAACCCAGAUUCUUUACUUCAUUGUCAAGCUGCGUUUGAUGACUGCGUUCGGAAGAAUAUGCAAUCACGCGUUAUCAUUUCGAGAAGCGCCGAGGCAGGAGAUCAUGGACUUGGAUGCUGAAGUACGUGCCGUGUACAAGACCGUACCUGAUAUUCUGCACGUGAGACCGUUAUCAAAGUCUUUCGCAGAUCCAAGUUACCUCAUUAUGGUGCGCUUGAAUUGCGAAUUUCUCUACCAAAAAUGCCUUCUCGUACUUCAUCGGAAAUAUAUGACACAAGGAGGCCACCCGGACUCUUCAGAGGCAGCAAUUACUGCAGCAACCACCAUAGUGACAUACAUGCUUGAUAUAUAUAAGGAGUUCAAGCCGGGAGGUCAAUUAUAUGCUGACCGCUGGAUGUUGAGCAGUUUCACCAUGAAUGACUUUUACCUCGCGACCAUGGUGCUAUGUCUUUCCUUGUCCAUUUGGAGGAAAUCACAUCCCGAGAAAAAUGUCGGCGAAGAUGAGAAGGUUAGAUCUCGGAUCGAACUCCUUUCAAAAGCAUAUGGAGUCUGUGAGGAAUCAAGCGCUGCCAGCAAAGAGGCCAAGCGUAUCACCGGAGUCCUGAAGAUCAUACUGGGAGAGUACGUCCUCGCCGCUGGCUCUGGUCUCCAAACAAGAUCUGCUGGAAUAUCACCAGAAGACAUCUUGGAAAGACGAGACAUGUUCCGAAUACAGCCCAUCGCUUUCUUCCCGAGCUCUUCAGACUUCAAUCUUGCACCACUCUCACUUUCCGACUCGCAAGCGACAGUCAACCCGCCACACACGAUGCAAGCCCACCAGACCACUGCUAACAAUAGCGUUGACUUUGAACAAUUCUCCUAUCCUCAAACCGAAACUCGGGAUUCAAACCAGAUAGAUGCCAGUAUGUCACCCAACCCAUUCACCCCAUUCAUGUCCUUCAACAAUUCCACCUACGGCUAUUCGCCCGUGCCGACCACCUCCAACGGCAUGACAAAUUCAGCAUCCAACCCUCUCACCACAUCGAUACCAGCAAUACAAUCCCCAUUUCUCCCCAGCGGUCUUGCAAACGGCCAGGGCGCGAACACGAACAUGGGCAUCGACUGGGCACUCCUGGACCAAUGGAUGGCGAUCCCCGACGCGGAUUUCAUGCAAACACUGUCUCCCAACGCGACCAUGCCAUCAUCCCGACCCGACGGCCCUGGCAGCAACAUCCCUACAACCGCACCUAUGCACGACGACGACAACGACGACUGGACAAGCACGCCGAUCCGCUUCCUGGGCACGACGACGCUCUUGCAGAACCAGGAGACGCCAAACACGACGGCGGCGGGGUUCUUGUCGUCCGCGGUCGGCGCAAAGCCUUCGACGACCAGCAGUGGCAGUAAUAACAACACGGACAAUUUCUCGCCCGGGACCGAUAGCUUGGGGUACAGCACUUCAACCUCUAGCGGCCGCACGCAGGCGCUCGAUCAGUAUCCGCAGUAUUGA